GGUCGCUGCCGACCAGCCGGCCGCCAAGAGAUUCAUCAUCAGCCUGCAGUCGGACUCUGACGACUCGGACGCGGCCGGCUCCGACUGCGAGCCGCCGACCGCCGGCGACUUCCAGGGCGAGUUAGACCGCUUCCUGCAGCAGGCGCGCGAGCGCACCAGCCGGCCGACAGACGCGGCGCCGACCGCGCCCAGCCGGCGCAGGCCGUCGGCCCGCCCGGCCGCGGCCAGCACGCCCAAGGACCUGGCGAAGCUCUUGCCGAAGCACCAGCUGGACGAGUACAUAUAUCUGAAGGAGCUGAUCCGCGAGAAGGAGCGACAGAAACUGGCUGAGAAGAAGGCGCGGCAGCCGGCCGGCGCGGCCGAGCCGGUGGUGGCCGGCGGCGGGCAGCGGCAGGGCGGGGUGGCGGCCGGACCGGAUCCUCCGCGGCCCGGGCCAGCCCGGACCGAGACGGCACUGGCGGCGGCACAGGUCGGUCCGGUGACUGUGUGUACCGCGCCGGUGGCGCUCCAGGGCCGGUCGAGCCGUACUCAGGUACCAAAUGAGCAGACCGUGAUGCAGCAUAAGCUCGUGGCGCAACCCGAGCGCGCUGCGGAACAGCCUAGCCAGGCUCAACCUAAGCCUGUUACAGCGCAAUCUAGGCCAGUUAUGGCGCAACCUAAGCCAGUUGUGGCGCAACCCAAGCCGGUUGUGGCGCAACCCAAGCGAGCUGUGGCGCAACCUAGGUCAAAUGCGGCACAACCUAUGCAGACUGCGGUUCAUCCCAAGUCGACCAUGGUACAACAAACUAUGCAGACUGCUGUUCAUCCUAAGUCAGCUGCGGUUCAAGCUAAGCCGACUGCGGUACAACCUGAGCAGGCCGCCUUUCAGCAUGAUCAGGCCGUGGUUGAUCCUAAGCCGGCCGUGGUAAAAGUGAACGAGUCCUUGCUUCAUCCUAAAUCGGCCGUGGGGUUGCCGAGUCUCCCCGUUGUCGCGCCGGCGCAGGAUGUGUCGCGGCUUGGACAGGCACCGGGGCAGCUCCAUCCAGUCGGAGUCGAAGGCAAACCAGCCGUGGCACAGCCCGAUACGGUCGUGACGCAGUCAAAAACUGACUGCCGCCACCUUUUGAAUGGCCGGCCGGAGCAGAUUGGUACUAAGAAGCCGUUUGGUGCCACUGAAGCGCCGAACAAGCCUUUGCCGAGGGGUUCUAGCCCCCUGGACUCAGCAAAUGUGCUGUGCGUGGGUGAGCCUCGGUCGGGCCAGGGGCGUCCUGCGCCCGCAGUGACCGGGUCCGAGCGUCCCUCGGCCAAACCGAGACCGGUGGUCUUCCUACCUAGGUCGGUUAUUAUGCAGCCCCAGUCGGCUGUGCCGCGACCCAAAUCGGCCCCCGCACAGCCUGAAGCGGGUGUGGUGCGGCCAGAAACGGUACCAGACCCGGUGCAGCCUACCCAGACCCCGGUACUGUCCGCACAGCCCCCGAUUUUGUCUGCCCAGGCCGCGGUACCACCCGCCCAGACCCUGGUCCCGCCCGCCCAGACCUCGGUUUCGUCUGCCCAGGCCGCGGAACCGCCCGCCCAGACCCUGGUCCCGCCCGCCCAGACCUCGGUUUUGUCUGCCCAGACCGCAGUAUCACCCGCGCGGGCCCCUGUGCCCCCUGUUCAGACCGCGGCGCCGCCCACCGAGACAGCGGCACAGUCCGCGCCGCCUGACCCGCCGCACAGAGUCCGUCCCGGGGGUCCUGCCGCCUUGCCGACGGCGCCGCCUCCCACCGCACAAUUGAAGCCAGUCGAGGCCGGCGCGAGCUUAGCCGGCUCGGAGCGCGCGGUCGCCUCGCUCAGCGCCGCUGCUCCAGCCGCAGAGACACCUCAGUCAAACUGGGCGGGCCGGGAGCAGCAGCCGGCGCAGGAGGGCGACGCCCAGUCUGAGCAUGCGCAGCCGGCGCCGACGGCCGCCGCCGGUCCGGACGGCAGACUGCCGCGACCCUGCGACGUGCCGCCCGACGGCACCGGCUUCCGCCCUCCGGCGCCGCCUGCACCGGAGGCCGCGCCACCUCUGGCCGUGGCUGACUGUCAGCGCCCGGGCGAAGGGGCGGCCGCGCCGGUGGCGGUGCCGGUCAGCUCGGGGACGGUGCCGCCCGUGUCGGGGCUGGCCGAUGCCACGGAAGCGACCAGCUGCGUGGCGCCGGCCUCGGUUAGUCCCGCAGCAGACGCACCGCACCAAACCCACAAGAAGAGCAUUUUCUACUUAAGCGACGACGAGGGCAGGAGUCCCGAGCCCUGGACGGCUCUUUUUGGUAAAGGAGCACGAAAGCCACUUAGUUUUGCCAGCAGCCCUUUUCGUUUUGAAGUGCUGAGAAAAACAGAUGACACGGUCAGCGCGGAGACGGACUUCCGUCACUUUUUGAGUGGCUGCGUCAGAGGCAUUGGCGCCAAGAACGUGUUUGGUGCCGUUGAUACUUUGAGGGAACUUUCACUGAGUGAAGCUAGUCCCGUGGAUCCAGCAAAUAUGUCGUGCGUGGAAAGUAUGGAUCACUCCGACGUCGCGAGUCAUCUUGCCAGCAAGAUACUGUCAUCGGACAACAGCAUGGACAUCUCUGCAAAAGACAUCAUGAUGGGAGCCGAAGAUGACGCGAUGUCUUCCGGUUGCGACGUCCGCGGCAGUGGUGCGGAACAGUCCGCCGUACAGGCUAGUACGCAGUCGGCGCCAGACACAGUGGAGCAGUCGGUUCAGGAGACCGCCUCAGAGCCCGUCCCAGACAGCGAUGACGCGCUGGGGAGACGGUUCGACGUGACUGAGUGCUCCGUCGUGGCGCACAGGCUGGUCCUGGCGAGUGAAGACGCCAGCGGCCUGCGUUCGAAGUCGGCCGCUGCGCCAACAGCGGGCCAGAGCGCGCUGCCGUCCGGCGCUGUCGCCCCUCCCCGGCCAGGGACUGUCCCAGAUGCCGCCUGCCUCCCUGGAGGGGCGGACUCACUGGAUGGCACCGGCGUGGCUGAGGCGCGGCCCUCAGCUGCGGCCAAGGCCAGGGGCCGCUGGGCCGACCGUCGAGGCCUGUGA